UAACUAUACAGAAUUAUCUAAGUAAUUGUGUUGCAGUAAACAAUAAAUGCAAUUGUGUGAUAGUUGAAAAAUAUAAGUUAAAAUGGCUGCUAAUAUAAGUUGAGAUCAGGGAACAGUCAAUGGAGAAGUGAGAUAGGAAACAGAACACCGUGGUAGUGGUCGAAACUGUUAACAUGCGCAAACAUCCAACAGCCCAUUGAAGUAUUGGCGCAUAUCACACCGACAAAUGGUUGAAAACGGACUAGACUCGUAUAGAUUUAUAAAUCGGUUCAACUUAAUUGCGACCCGACAAUUACAAAACCAAUGUAUACGAAUUAUUCAUCGAAACUAUGUCGGAUAAUAGAGAAAAUGCGGGCUGCGAGUGAAGGGACGUUGCUUGGUUGUCUGAUGCCCCACUCAACAGCGUUCAGUACAACCAUUGGCCUUUGUUGUGAUAUGCGUUUAUUCGAGCGCGCUUCAUAGCAUAAUCUGAUGUGUUAAAAAUAAAAGAAAAGUGAUAAAAAUUAAACUGUGAUACAAAGUGCAUUUAGUUCGAUAAAAUGGAAUUGCAGCUUAACGAAGAUGGCAAACCUUAUGUGAUGUGGGGAGACAAUAAAAUAAUACUGGAAAUAGAACCGGUUACUGACAAAAAAGUGUUAGAAAAGGCGGAAAAUGAACUGAGAGAAACACCAGAAAUUGUGAAGCAGUCUUUAGAUGAAUUAAGACAACUAUUGAAAGAAGAUAAGUCGCUGUUCGUACCGGUUGAGAAAGAUGAAUUCCUUUUGAAAUUUUUACGACCGUGCAAGUUUUACCCAGAAAGCGCACUCAAAAAGAUACAAGCAUACUACAAAUUUCGCCAGACGCAUAGUAAUUAUUGCCAUGAUUUAUUGCCUUCUGCUGUGAGAACUCCGUUUGACCACUCCAUCGUAUCGAUACUCUCGCCUAGAGAUCAACAUGGACGGCGGAUCAUGGUUGUCGAGUCCGGAGAAAGAUGGAAUCCUCGUUUGGUGCCUUUAAAAGAUACUUUCCGUGGUUUACAACUGGGGUUGGAGGCUGCUAUGGCUGAGGAGCAGACUCAAGUUUGCGGAGUUGUUGCCAUUAUGGAUAUGAAAGGUCUUUCGUUUACCCACGUCAUGCAAUUCACGCCUUCAUACGCUAAAAUGAUGGUGGAAUGGAUUCAGGAAUGCGUUCCAGUCCGCCUUAAAGCAGUACACAUAAUCAACCAGCCAUACAUAUUUAACAUGUUGUUUGCUUUAUUCAAACCUUUUAUGCGUGAGAAACUCCGAGCUCGCAUUUAUCUCCAUGGCUCUGAUAUGAGAUCUCUCCGAGCGCAUAUAGAUGCAAAAGCUUUACGGAAAAGGCAUGGCGGUUUGUUGCCUGAACCAGAAAUUCCGGGAGAAGUAUUGUGGGGGAUGCUUCAUCAUUAUGAGGAUGAUUUCAAAGUUGCAAAUUCGUACGGGUACAUUUCAAAAAAAUAAGAAUUCAUGAAAAAUACAUGAAGAGCAGUAAUCUGUAAUCAGUGGAAUUUUAAAAUAACUAUUGUACUUAGUUUAUUAUGAGUUGAGUAAAUUUGUACAUUUAUCGGAUUACGUUCUUUGUAUUACAAUUGUUUUAGUAUAAAUAAGGUUAAAAUGUGAUAAUAUUAACGUUUGUGUGAUUACAUAUUAACAUUCCAUACAAGAUGGCCGUUCAUCUGGCGUAAUAAUAACGGCAUAAACGUUUCCAAUUUUAAUCUGCGAUCCGAUUCCGAGAAUUGAAACCAAUCAAACUAAGGUAUUUGUAAGCAUGUCAAAAAUACUUUGUUCUGAUUGGUCCAUUUUCGAAAAGAGAUUUUGGAUUAGAAUUUUGGAUCGAAAAAAGCGAUUGGGAUCGUUUAUUGAACACGACGGUUAGUAAUGGCUAGUUUUGAUUGAGAUAUCAUAGCGGUAGUAAAGUUGAAAACGGGAAGGAAUAAAAAUAUAAUUAUUUUUAGUUAUGGAAAUAAAUUUAAAAUAAUAUAAUUUGUAUUGUUUUCAUUAACUCAUAUAAAAAAUAAGGAUAAAAUUAUUUAGUUAAGUUUUUCGUCUCUUAUUAUGUAAAUAUAAACAUUUACUUAGUAUAUUGUCGAUACGAAUAAAGGUAACUUCAUGAAUCCUAUUUUCGAAACAAUGAAUGCAGGCAUAUAUAAUAUAUAUGAAAUAGGUACUAACAUAUGAAAUGGACUGAGUAAAGUGUAGGCUUGUAAUUGAAAAAAAAAUAUCUCAAAUAAAGUAUGUUCUUACUUAAUACUCUCUAAUAAUAUCUGCUUUUUACUGUUUUUUAAUGUAAGGGGUAAAAUAAAAGAAAUAUUUUGUACAAACUUUUUAAUAUAUUAUAUGGAACAGAUGACUAAAUAAAAUUAUUUGAACC